CUUUCUCUCAUUUCUUUAUUGCUCUAAAGAACUGGAAAGCCAACGCUGCCAAGUGGGCCUCUCUGUCUCUCCUUUCCCUAUAUUCCCUUUUGAUCAUUUCACACUCCUGGUUUACCAUUUCUGAGUUGAGUUGUGACUCUCUCCUUUGGAAAGAAAUCAAUAAUGGUGAAGGAGACUGAGUAUUAUGAUGUACUUGGUGUCAGCCCUUCAGCUUCAGAGGAUGAGAUUCGCAAAGCUUAUUAUCUUAAGGCCAGGCAAGUUCAUCCAGAUAAAAAUCCAAAUGACCCUCAGGCUGCAGAAAGAUUUCAGGUACUUGGUGAAGCUUAUCAAGUCUUGAGUGAUCCAGUGCAAAGAGAUGCUUAUGAUAGAAAUGGGAAGUAUUGCAUAUCAAGGGAAACCAUGCUUGAUCCUACAGCUGUUUUUGCUCUUCUGUUCGGAAGUGAAUUAUUUGAGGAUUACAUAGGACAUUUAUCUGUGGCAUCAAUGGCUUCUUCAGAAUUAGCAACUGAAAUUGACAAUCCUGAGAAAAUACAUGAUAAAUUGAAGGCUGUUCAGAAAGAGAGAGAGGAAAAACUCGCAAGAUUUCUCAAAGAUUUUCUAAACCAAUAUGUUCAAGGUGACAAGAAAGGAUUCUUAAGGCGUGUUGAAUCCGAAGCCAAACGGCUCUCUGAUGCAGCUUUUGGAGUAGAUAUGUUACAAACUAUUGGCUACAUGUAUUCAAGACAAGCAGCACAAGAGCUUGGAAAGAAAGCAAUUUAUCUGGGGGUACCAUUUUUGGCCGAGUGGGUUCGCAAUAAGGGCCAUUUCUGGAAGUCUCAGGUUACAGCAGCAAAAGGUGCUUUUCAGUUGCUGCAACUUCAAGAGGACAUACGCAAGCAAUUUAAAAUGGAUGGAAGUGGCCCUGAAAACGAUGUUGAAUCUCAUCUACGAUCAAACAAAGAGAUAUUGAUGAACUCAUUAUGGAAAUUGAAUGUGGUAGACAUUGAAGUUACCCUCGUACACGUUUGUCAAAUGGUCCUGAGGGAAAAUAAUGUGAGAAAGGAAGAUCUUAAAGCCCGUGCCUUGGCACUGAAAAUCCUUGGAAAGAUUUUUCAGCGGGAAAAGCAAGCACGAAAUGGGGCAACAAUCAAAGGAAAAAAUGCUGCUGCAAUUGAUGAUAUUGAUGAUGAUGAUGAUGAUGCUGAUGGAAGCAGUUCCGAGAGCAGCAAUGAAGAAGAUUCACCAAUAUCAUUAUCAUACAGAACUCCUUUACUUUCUCAGGGCAUUGGUAGACUCUUCAGAUGCCUUUGUAAUCCAGCAUUUUAUGUUGAUGAUGAAGAGAUCGUGUACAAAAGCAAAUGACGCUGAUGCAUUACAUGUACAUAGCUAAGCUUUGCCGAUAUGAGAGGUGUGAUGUGCAAGACAAAGUUAGCCAAACGCAUCUCAUCGAAAGGAGGAAUUUGGUCAUUGAUGGAGUACAGACUGGAGCAAGCUACGUUUAUUGUGUUCUUUUCUCCUUUUUUUGCCAUUUUAAGACGAUGAAAAAGCACUUGUGCAAUCACGAUAAAACCUCUUUUUUAAGUAAAA